CACGAACACGCGCUUCAAGCAUUCGCGCGCGCAAAAGCUCGAUUGCGUGCUCAAAAGCCUCAGUGGAAGGCGGCUACAGACAUUCGACAAAUGAAGUUCCUUGAUUUGUUGAUGUUAAUUGACAUUGACUUAUACAAAACAAAAAUAAAAUUAAAAUUUAAAUAACUAGUUAUUUGUAUUUGGGGAGUUUGGGGAAAUCGGCCCCAUAUCCAGUAGUAGUUAGUCUAGUCCUAAGCUACCUGAAAUUACUCGGCAAUCAAAAUAUGUCUCGCGUAGCAUUGGCAUCAGAAUCAGAAAAGACUAGAAGCCAAACCAAAAUGAAUUCAUCGAAUCUCUAUGCAACCACAACGCAAAUAAUCCUAAAAUCAGACCCAAGAGAUCCAGAAUCUUGGAAAGAUUUGUAUAGACUUAUACCCUAUCUCAGAAAUUCUUUGUGUUGUGUGGUAUGUACAGUAUUACUUGUAGACCCCCUUACCCCCAAAAAUGCCCAAUGUGCUCAUCAUUUAUGUAGCAGUUGUAGAGGAGGCCGAAAGAGAAUAAAACCGCGCUGUGAGAACUGUAAAGAUGGUUGUGAAUACAAAGAAAACAAAAGUUUGCGAAUCCUCCUACAACUAUAUAAAAAGAUGUGUUUACAUCUUAUUAAUGCCAAAAUUUUCAAAUGUAUGGAAAAACAAGCACGUGAACCAGGUACAGGUUUUGAAAGUGGGGCGAGUAAUUUGAUACAGCUUAUACAAGAAGGAGCAAUACUUAAAAAUACUUAUGAAAGCGAAGGUGGUAUACCAAAGUCUAAAUAUUCUAUUUUACCAUGUAUUUAUACAAACUCUACCCAGAAUAAUAGUACUAAAUUAGAUUUACAUUCUGUGGUGAAACCCGAGAUAAAACCUGAGUCUGGAAAUAUAAAUAUUAGUUACAAGAGUAUUCCAACUCCUCUGGCUGUUCUCGAGGCUGUUCCUGUUCCAUUUUCUGAAAGCACAUCAGCAGCAAACAAUGUUGUGAAAGCAAAGGAGGCAACAGGAAAGGCUCCUAUCAAAAAACAAUAUGUAAUAUUGAAAAAAGGAUGUCGCUGUGGUAAUGCUACUUCAACUCCUGGACCAUUGACCUGUUGUGGACAGAGGUGUCCAUGUUAUGCUGGAUCUAAAUCCUGUAUAGAUUGUAAAUGUAAAGGUUGCCGAAAUCCUCGUAAACCAGAUGGCAAUAAGGUGAUGCCCUUCAAUCCUGAGUUAAAACUAGCCAGGUGUCCCAGGCCACUACUACCAACUCCAGACAUUCCAUUGCCUCCACCACAAAUAUUUCAACAAACACCUUCUGCAUCAUUACUUUCUGGUGCAAAAGAAAGUACAAUACCAGUGAUGAGUUUUGAUCCUAAUUUAAUUUCUACUGAGCCUUUCAAUUCACUAUUUAAAGGUUAUAAAUGUGAUGAGGAAAACACCCAGCUAGAGACUCAUUUAUUGCCUACUGAGAAUUUCAAUUCACAAUUGGAAGAAUUUAAACGUCAGGAUGAAGACUUAGAAAGUAUAACUGCAUGUAAUAAUGCUACAUUUAAAAAACCAUGUGUAAAAUUGAAAAAAGGAUGUCGCUGUGGUAAUUUUACUCCAACUCCUGGAAAAUUAACUUGUUGCGGACAGAAGUGUCCAUGUUAUGUUGAAUCCAAAUCCUGUAAAGACUGUCAAUGUAAAGGUUGCCGAAAUACCUAUAAAACAGAUGGCAAUAAGGUGAUGUCCUUCAUUCCUACCUUUACAGUCUGGCGUCCCUGGCCACUACCAACUCAGGAAAUUCCAUUGCCUCCACCAGAAAAAUCUCAACAAACACCUGCUGCAUCAUUAAUUACUGAUGCAAAAGAAAGUACAAUAGAAGUGAUGGAUUUUGUUGGUAAUAUAAUUCCUACCGAGCCUUUUAAUUCACAAUUUGUAGAUUUCAAUUGUGAUGAAGAAAACAUUAAGCUGGACAGUCAUUCACUUCCUAAUGAGAAUUUAACUUCAGAAUUAAAAGAUUUUGAAUUUCAAGAAGAAGACGUAGGUACACCUGUAUUUAAAAAUGUAAGUAACUUGGUCUUUGAUAUUGAUUUUUGGAAUGAUAAUACAUAAUAAAUUGAUUUAAACAGGUAAAAAUUUUUCCCUCAGAAUCUUGACCCAUCUAGGUACUCAACCCACCCAUUUUCAUUUUUUUAUCUUUCUUUUGUUAAUGAAGUAUCAGAUUCGGGAUACACAUACCUAUUUACUGUUUAUACCAUUUACAUCUCCUAUUAUAUUUACCGUUUAUUUGGCCCUAGAUGUAUUGUUAUAAUAUAUGUAUAUCUUACCGAGUUGAGUUGCUACUUCUAUUUUGCUGCAUAGGGUUGUGAAAUCAAUAACAUUGGUUUUUUACGCUUCUGUGAAACAGAACUGUACCGACUGGAGCACUGUCCGUUACUGUAUUUUUUGUGAAUGUCAUGCGCCCUAGUGUUGAGAAUACAAUUUUUUGUAAAUGUCACGCGUCAUUGUGUUAAGAAUAUAAUUUUAAUAUAAUUCUAUCGUGCCAAUGGCUAAUAAUUAUUGCUACUCCCAUUUAUUUAUAAGACCUAAUAAUUAUGGAACGUGUUUUUUAUUUUUUAUACUUUCCUUUUGUUUUUUUUUGUACUUUUGUGUAAAACCGAACUGUACCAACUCCUGCACUUUCCUUCACUGCAUUUUUUGCAAAUGUCAUGCACCCUAGUGUUAAGCAUAUCAUUUGUAUGUAGGUAUUAAUUGUGUACUAAUAAUUAGUCCAAUUUAUUUUUAAGAAUUAAAACUAGUUUUGCACAGUAGGUACCUAAUGUUAAGAUUUGAGAUAUAUGGACUUUAGUUUCUUAUAAUUUCACUUGUCUUUUGUUUUUUUCUUAUAUGUUUGGUCAUUAAUAAUUUAAAAUUAAUUGUAAUUUGUUUUAAUGAAUCCUUAUUAUAUACUUUUCAAUAUUUUUUUUUUAAUAAAUUCAGUUGACAACUA